GCAUUUUGUGUGCAGAAGCCAUCAGGGAUCUUAUAUAUACUUUACAUGUGCACGACUUCUUGUAUACGAGAAGUUAUUUCAUUGGCUGCAUAUCAUCUUAAGAUCAUAUGCAACCAAUGAAACAGCUCUGUAUCAAACGAGCCAUGCAAAUGGAGAGCAGUUAUUAUAGAAGAUGGUGGGCGAAAAUGCACUGCGCCUCGUUGGACUUUUCUUAUGUUCUAUCGGAACGUGAGGAAAUCAACAGUCUCCUAUACAAACCGAUUAACUCGACGCAACGAAUAAAGUAUACAUGUUUCAACGUGUCCUUGAAUUAUAUUAUACUUGGUUCAACCAGUGGCAGUUUAUAUUUGUUCUGCAGAGAACCAUGUUUGUUUCUACAAAUAAUACCUCUAUCGGAGGGUGUGGUUUCACAUGUGGCGAUAUCACCUGAUGAAAAGACUGUAGCCUUAACAACAACUCGUGAUAUUGUAUGCCUAGUCUCUUUAAAGCCUACUCCACGACUAAUAACUGUAUCUACAGAGUAUAUAUAUAAACAAAUCACUUGUCUCUGCUGGAACAAAAACAGCACUGAAGUAUACAUUGGUGAUGCAGUUGGUAGGAUUUCUGUCAUGGUGUUAUCUAUAUUUACAGUCAAUGGCAUGUUUCAAACUCGAGUCUACACACUAAUGAAUCUAGACUCCAGCGUCGUGCAGCUGAACUUCUGCUCGUCUCUACUGCUUAUAUCCACGUUAACUCGCUGUUACAUUUGCGACACGUCACAAGAGCAAUACAAACAAAUAGGUAAUAAGGCGCGCAAUGGUGAAUUCGGUGCAUGCUUCUAUGAAGCGCAAACGCACGAGAGCGGCGUUACGUUGGACGCUGAAAGAAUGGAAGCGGGAAACAUUGGCAAUUCGCGCGGCACGUUCAAUUUGAUCUCCGACAACGACAGUAAUAUCUUGAGCGAGAAUUGCCCGAAGAUCUUUUGCGCACGACCAGGGUCGCGACUGUGGGAGGUAUCUGCCGACGGGGUGGUCAUAAAAACACAUCAAUUGAAAGAGGCGCUAGCCGUGUCCCCGAGAACGAUUUUUCGAUCGGCCGCCGCCAAUCCGUCAUCUAGUCACGAAGUGAAGGACAGGGAGCAAACAGAGAGUACGGAGCGCGAAUGGCCGGCGCAAUCCGUCAACUUUACUCAUCUCUUUGUAGUCGCGAGCAAAUACUUAUUUUGUCACACGACGAGCGGUCUAUACGUGAUCGAUCCUGCGAGUGCGAGCGUGCUGCUGUGGAGCAACGAAUUCACCAACAUCAGCAUGGCUGCAGUUGCGGGUGACAAGAUUUAUCUUAUGACCAUUGAUAGCGAGUUCCAUUGCCUAACGUUAUCGUCGCUUAGUGCACUGAUAUUACGACUGUAUCGUUACGAAGAAUAUCGCGAGUGUCUGCGCGCUUGUGUACUUUAUAAGAAGCACUUGUCGAAGACGAUCGCCAAGAAAGAGAUGCUAGAGCUGCUCGAAUUGAAUGAUUUGCCGCAAGCCGUUGAUUCGUCGCGAGAGAAGGAGGAAAUACUGCGACUGCGGUUACAAUCGCUAAUAACGCUUCUACGAUCCGGCAGUAAUGAUAGAUCGCCGGCCAAACUGGAAUCCGGUAUCGUGGUCGUACAUCCUGAUAACGACGAGUUUGUCGCGAAUAGAAGAACUUAUUGCGAAACAACGUCCGCGUCGCAGUCCCCUGAAAUCUCGAGCGAAGAUUCGUCCGAAAUGCAAACACCUGAGAUCGCGAAUGAAUUUGCUGAAAAUCUGGCGCAGGAGGACACGCAGGAGACGACCGACUCCGAUUACAACGCGGAAACAUUAGUUAAAAACGAAAAUUAUCAAAGAUCUGAUCUGCAAGAAAGUAUCACGUACAGAGUGCAGGCCGACUUGGAGUCGAUCUACGCUCUGGCAAAUAACAUUAAGGUCGGCUUACCAGAAAAGGUUGUCGAGGAAAUCGUUUCGGACAUCGACAGGAAAAUGAGAAUGAUCAAGGAAUCGUACAAGGAUUCACCCGGACUUGAGGCUUUCCUCUACGAAGUGACACGCGCUGCAGAAUUGAAUUGCUACAACUCCUUUUUGGAGAGCACCUCCGUGCAGCUGCUACGUUCCACCAGUAACGAUCGCAUCGUGCGACAAUUUGUCAGAGCAUUCACCGACAUCAACGCGCCGAGUUACGCCAGAUGCGGCUGCGGCUACCCCCGUCCGAUGGAACAAAGUAUAGUGGAGCCGAAAUUCCUAGAGAUUGGUCAAUCGUUGGUUGCGAGAUUCGCGAAUAAUCUGCCGGAGGAGUGUGGCAACAUCUGCGACAAGGUACCUUACAUGUGGCGUGAAUACCUAGCUGCUCGCAUCGAGCGACGCGACACUCUAGACGAUGUGCUGAGACAAUGCCUUCAGACCAGAGACAAUGUCGUAUUGUCGUUUUUGCUACCGGCGCUAAACGAACAACAGUGGAGUUGUGUGAACGCAUGUAUAAGCGAGAUAAAAAAUGGCACUUGCCUGUUCUGCGCGACAUCUUUGGUCAAGAAACCUGAUUGCGACAUGUUGAUAGAUUGGAGUGGAAUAGCCCGGGAAAUUAUGGGAAGAGAAGGGCCGGACAAAGCCAUGGCGUUUCUCAAAAAGCUGCAGAACAUGAUGCCGGAUGUCACAUUGGACAAAACCAUAUUCCAGUCGAUUAUAUUUACAAAAAUUCUGCAUCACCACGGUCUGAAAAAAUCGAUUGAUUUUAGUAAAAAUAAUCAACUAUCGGCAGAGUUUGGUACGAUGUGCUCGUUGCAGGUACGUGACCAGUUGGUAAAAGCUCUAGAAAAAGAUACACGACGACCGAUAGAUACGAAUAUGUUCGGCACAUCGGCUCAUCAUUGGGGUAUGCGUCAUCAGACUAAAUCAUUAGCAUGCCCGUGCUGCACAUUGUCUCUGCAGACACCAAUUCUGCUAGGUAACAAGGGAGUUGCAAUCUUCCGUUGUGGUCACGCCUAUCAUGUAAAUUGUAUGAUAGAAAGAAAGCUCACUAGAUGUAAUCUUCACCAGUAAAUAUUGUAAAUAUGAAUCAAUAAAAAAAGUACAUUGUGCGGAAACAAGAUGCUAUGUUAGACGCUUUGUACAUUUAUUCUUUUAGAUCAAUUGAUUCUCUUUUCUGAAUAGACAUAAAUCUUUAUUAUUUAUUACAAUUCUCUUUUAUGUCUUGUCACAAAUAUUUGGAUUUAUUAUCUCGUUACAUUAGUUAUCACAGAUAAAAAUUGAACAAACGAUUACUCACAAUAUCUUAAAUUGUAGGCAGAAUAAAAUUGUUACAAUAAUAUAGAUAUCACACAAUCGUAUCAUCUCGAUAGAAAGUACACUGCGAGUUUACCGUGAUCCACUUAUGAAAAUUGAAUUUUUUUUAUAACACGUAAGAAAUCGAAUAAUGUAAUUAAUUACAAUUGCAACAGAGAAAUUGUUCUCGUGUAUAAAGAAAGUUCUCAGAUAUGUACAGUAUAUAAAAUAAAAUUUUUUCACGCGA